CGGGGAGUGGGGACAUUGCGACUGUUAUUUGUCCCGCAUGUCUGCGCCUUUUUGUGAUGCUGAAUGAAGUAAACACUCUAGCCUGCGCUCAUGACCAGAGUCGAGAGGAACAGUUGGCUCCAAUGGCGUCGGCUACAAAGGUCUCUAUUUUGGAUUACUUUAACAUUGUAUUCGAAGGAGAGAAUGGAAAGAUUGAGUCGAACUGCAAAUAUUGUGGCACAAGGAUCCAAGCAAAACGAAGCGUCACAUCCAACUUUGUAACACACUUAAAGCGCAAGCACCCCACCAUGUAUGAUGAGUUUGUGAAAAGGAAAGAUAUGAAGAGAGAGGGAUACUCCUCUGGCUCGGUACACAAUUUUACUGCAAAUGGAGGCAAUGUCCGCUAUAGUGUCCCCAUCAUCACUGGAGCAGCAGCGGGAGGCGCAGCUGGAGGGGUUGGGAGCCCAGGCUCUGUGGGAGUGGUGGGAGCAAGCUCUGGAGGAAGGGUGACUAAAUUUGACAAACACGAUCCACGUCAGGUCCUUAUUUCUGAGGCAAUAGCCAAGAUGAUAGUCCAGGAUCUACAGCCAGUGUCGAUGGUGGAAAAAGAAGGAUUUCGAGCUUUGCUACAGCUUCUGGAGCCACGUUACACUCCAGACUCACAACUUUACAUCCAAAACCAGCUCCUUCCAGCUUAUGCCUAUCAAGCACAACUGGCAACAAGGCAGGCGCUGACCUCAGCACACACCCUCAGUCUCAGCCUGGACAUCUGCUGGGACAAAGCUCUGAGUUCAUCCGGGUAUUUUGGUAUCACCUGCCAUUUCCUCACAUGUGACUGGCAGAUGCGCUCUGCUCUUUUGGCUUGCCUCCCUUUGACUGAUGUUAGUUCAUGCAGUCAAAUUCUCUCCGACUUUGAAGAAGUUUGCUUCUCCCACAGUGUUGCAGGAAGAGCAUUUCGAAUUGUUGCAGAUGCAAUCCCGUCAUCAAAAAAGCCAUGUUGUCUACCAGGCUUCUUAAUAUCACCCCUGCAGGGUAACAAGCAGGGGGAAGAGGGGGCAGUGAUACUCAGUACCCAUAAUGGAGAUGACAGUAUCCCCAAUGGGCACAAUGAGGAAUUUGAAUGGGAAGAGUCACUGGAGCAGGGGCUUGGGGUAUGCCGUGUGGACUGCUUCUCUCGCUCCCUAGAAAGAUGUGUUAAGGAAGGUCUGCACUCCUGUCCACAACUAUUGCCCACUCUGAGGAAGGCGUCCUCUUUCUAUCACUACAUUACCUCUGCGGUCCCAGCUGAGAAGCUCAACCAGGUGUUUGAUACUACAGGGCUGACUUCAGGGAGCAUCCCAUCUGCACUCAAUGACUGGGCAAUACAGCUCAAAGUGCUGCAUCGGCUCCUAGACUCAGUGGAUUUUCUGGAAGAGCUAAGUGGUCCCAAUGAGCUGUCUUUGGGGACUUCAGAGCGGGUGCUCUUACGUGAACUCACAGAUGUCCUGGAACCUUUCACUGAAGCCUGGGACAUGGUGCACGGAGCCAGGCAGACUGACCCUCUGUCAGAUCGACAUGUGCCCAUUAGUUUGGCAAUGCCAUGUGUUUUAGGCCUGUGUAAGCACCUAUCUGAGACCUCGGCUGUCCACUGUCCUGCUCUCCUGAUUGCUCUGAGACAGGCUGUAGAACGGCUACUGGCUCCUCUCCUCCAGGACCCCCUCUACAUCACUGCUACCACUCUGGACCCUCAGUUCAAACUCUCAUGGAGUAACAACGCAGACUGGCACAAACAGGUUGUCUUAGAGGAGUUAAACAAACACUCAAACCCUCCUAAUCCAACAGACACCACCACAGACCUACAGGCAGAGUACCCCUCUCCUCCUGCCCCAGCCCUCUCCCCGGUUUCCCCUCUUACCCGCCCAUGCAAGCUCUUCUCUUUUAUAAAGCAGAGACCAAUGACUCAAGCCAAAAGCCUUGAGCAGGAGCUGGCUGUAUAUCUCCGAGAGGAGCCCACAGAUGAGGAGGCUUUGCAUUACUGGAGACGUAAAGCUAUUGACUUCCCUCAACUGGCUCAGAUGGCUAAAAGAGUGUUCACUAUACCGGCCUGUGGCACUGUGGUGGAGAGUAUAUUCACUACAGUUGGAAGCUGUCAGAGAACCUGUGAUUUACCAAAGAACCUGGAAACUCUAAUCUACCUCAAAGCUAACUACAGGCUGUUAUGGACAUAGAUAAAUGCAUUUUAAAUGCAUCUUACCGCGAAAACAGAAAGCUUUAUCCCUGAUGGUAUCAUUUUGGCAAGUCUAUCUGUCCCUCAUUAUCAUUUGCUGGUUUGUAAACUUGAGGGCUUUUCCAUAAUGCAUUGUCAGAAAAAGACAUCUU